AUGGACCAUGUGAAAAAGUAUGCAAGAAACUUUCUUCAUCGCAUCUUUUCAUCAAAAAGAACAACUACGACGACGACGACGACUGAAAAUCAGAAUGAGAACGAGCCAUCCUCACAAGAAGCUUCGAGAAAGAGGGUUCGGCUGACCUUUUGUUACAGCGGACAACCUACGGAAGAGAUUCCCAAAGAUGUUACUCAUGCCAUCAUGGAUCCAUCCGUAACGGAGCUUGGAAUGUCAGCCUUUUUGGAUUGCUACUUUCUUACGGAAGUAAAUUUUCACGAAGGCCUUCAAGUGAUUUAUGCAUCUGCCUUUCUCAACUGCCGAAAAUUGAAAAAAGUUUCCAUUCCAUCGACUGUCAAUUUCAUUGGGGACUGGGCAUUCCAACGUUGCGAGUCGCUCAUGGACGUAAUCCUUGCUCCACAUGGACUGCUGAAACGUCUGAAUCAUGGACUAUUUUCCGAUUGUACGGCUCUCACCAAGAUAUCGAUCCCAGCCACGGUGGAAGUAAUUUGCAACUUUGUGUUUUCUGGAUGUACCUCACUCAUUGGCGUACGAUUCGAGGAAGGGUUGCAAGAAAUGGGUAUGUCCACCUUUCGAAGGUGCACCUCGUUGAAGGAAGUGGUGCUCCCCCAAUCGUUGAACAAAAUGGGUGGUUGGACCUUUCAUGGUUGUCAACAGCUGAUAAAGGGCGGUCUCCCAACCACUUACCAGAAACUGGAAACGGGGACCUAUGCCAAUUGUAUCUCGCUUCAAGAAAUAGUCGUUGGGCCCAAUGUAAAGGUCCUUGGUGACUCGGUCUUUUCCGGAUGUACCAUGCUCCAACAAGUAGGCCUUGCAGAGGGUUUGCAGUCCAUUGGGGUAUCGGCUUUUCAAAACUGUGUGGAACUUCAAGAAAUGUCCAUUCCUUCCACAAUAUCUUCCAUUGGUCGGUGGGCCUUUCGGGGUUGUACGGGUUUGGUGGAUAUCGAUCUUUCCAACAACAAAUUCGACAUGAUCCAAGAUUAUUGUUUUGCCGAAUGCAUUGCACUCGAAACCAUUGCCGCGCCACCAACGUUGAAGGCGAUUGGCAAGUCCGCCUUUACUGGUUGCAAAGCCCUCAAAGAGGUUCGAUUGUAUCAUCCUCAUCAUUAUGAGAUUACUAGUACUACUAGUAGUAGUAAUAGUAGCAUGGGCCUCCACAAGGUGGAUGCGGCUGCCUUUAAAGGUUGUACCGCGCUCGAAAGGAUUCCGUUUCCUCUCACGGUGAACUUUCUUGGUCGUUGGGCGUUCAAGGAUUGUCACUCGUUAUUGGAAGCCAACCUUCCAAUUGGACUUACCUGUGUCGCCAGAGCUGCCUUUAUCAACUGUACUUCCCUACGCAAAGUCAACACGAAUGCGGUGGAAAAGAUUUUGGAAUCAGCCUUUUUCGGCUGUACCGCACUUGCGGACGUAUAUUUUGGUCCAACUUUGAAAGUCAUUGGCAAAGAAGCGUUCAAGAAUUGUCACUCCCUCUGCUCGAUUGCCUUUCCGCUGUCUCUCAAUACGAUUGGUGCCAAAGCGUUUGGAAACUGUACCUCCUUGCUGGGUGCCGAAUUUCCAAGAGGAAUCCAGGUGAAGAAUAUCGACAAUGCGAAUUGUUUUGAUGGGUGCACCAGGUUGGUCAAUGUUUCCAUUCCAAGUACCAUGGAAGGAGUGACAAGCGCUGCCUUUUCCGGCAGCAAGAUUGGACAAAUGGUUGUUGUUGCUACUACUGCUGCUACUACCGCUAGUGCUACUGCUACUAAUUCGGAUCCUCUGAAGGAACGGUUUGGAGGAGACUUGUCCUUGAUGGUCCACGAUGUGUACUACAACGCAUCUCUCAUGCUGUUUGACAAUCUAAAAGAUUUUCCAAAAAUAGUAGGAGUGGAUGCCUUUGGCAUGACACCGCUACAUAUUGCGGCCACUUCGGCAAACCUACAGGUCGAUACUUUGAAACGUCUAGUAUUGAAUCAUCGGUACCCUAGUACUACAACUACAACCACUGCUGCCGAAAUGGUGGCGAAGAAAGAUAUCAACGGAAAAACCAUGUUGGACUAUUUGUUAUUGAAUCGCCGCAGCAAUUCUGUGCCAGCAAUCAAGAUGGUGCUGAAGGAUACAUUAGCAUUGCCGAGUGAUGACACGACGCUUGGAUGGGGCCUAGCCGAAUGGAGAUGGAAUCUAAGUCAUCGUUUGGAAUCCCUCGAGCAAUCCAGCAUUAAAGACUUCCAUCGAUUUUUGGUCCAUUGCAUGAGGAAAGAAAUGACAUCGCUGAUCGAGCUAUCCUUGUGGAAGAUGCGGUUACAAAACGAAAUGGUUGAACAUGAUAAUGGAGCCAACAAUAACAACAACAACAACAACAAAGAUCGAGAAGCAUGCAAAUCCAUGUGUGGUGCUGAAGUUGUCAUCAAGAAUGCUAUUCAAUUCCUCUGGGAUGACGAGAAUUCAGUGGCUUUAUCCUUGCCAUUUGACAUCAUUACCUAA